UGUGUGUGUGUGUGUGUGUGUGUGUGUGUGUGUGCGCGCGCAUGUGUAUGUAUAUGUGUUGCUGUAAAAUUAUAAAAAAUAAAAUGUUGUCUUUUAUCCCACACUAGAUCUCAGUCAGCAAAGCCUCUCACCUGCUCUGCUCCAUCCCAUAUCGCACUGCUGAAGGCUUCUCUCUGAUCCUGGCAACAAUCUCUCUACCCAUCCAGUUCCCAAGGCAGGUUGCCACCAUGCCAGACAUACACAUCCCAAUUCCAUGGUGGCCCAGUGUCUCCAGCCAUCACAUAGUCUCUUGAACUCAAAUUGCCACACGAAAGAACACACAACACAACAACCUCUGAUCCAAUUGAUAAGAUAUAAUUGCCCACCUAGACACACAAAGCCCUGUACACAUCCAUCCCUUAAGAACAUUCAUAACAACCUUAAAUGUGCAGAGAGGAAUCUUAACAUCUGCCUCCAUGUUCUCCCAGCAGCUUCUCUUCCCACCUCCUUCCGUUCUGGUCUCCUCCUCUUCCCUCAAACUUUUCUCCCGCCCAUCCUUCCUUCUCGUCCAAUGACAGACCUCGUUCUAUAUUGUACCUGCCUUCACCUGUAUGACAUCAUCCUACAUAUAUGUGUAUGUUGUGCAUCUAUGUGAAUGUAUGUUUGUGUGUAGGUGUGUGAAUGUGUGUGUGUAUAUGCGUGGUAUGUCAGUAUGUGCUUUCUGUGUGUUGUAUGUGUUUGUGAAUGUGUGUCUAGCAUGUGUUAUAUAUAUAUAUAUUUAUUUGUAUGAAUGUAUGUAUAUGUGUUGAUGACUUAGUAUGUUGUAUGUGUAUAUGUGUAUGAAUAUGUUUAUGUGUAUUGUCUUGUGUUUUGUGUGUUGUAUAGUUGUUUUAUGAGUGUAUUAUGUGUGCUGUUGUGUGUGAGUGUGUGUAUCUGUGUGUUGCAUUGUGUAAUAUGUGUGUGUGUUGUGUGUAUGUUGUAUGUGUAUAUGGGUAUGUAUGUAUGUGGUAUGUGUGUUGUAUUUGUGUGAAUGUGUGUGCAUAUGUGUGAUGUGUUGGUGUGUGUUGCAUGUAUAUAUGCGUGUAUGUCUGUGGUAUAUAAGUGUUGUAUGUGUGUGUGCAUGUGUUGUCUAUAUGUUUGUGUCUAUUUGUGUGUUCAUGUAUGUCUAUGUGUGUGUAUAUGUUGUUUACAUGUGUGUUUGUGUGUGUGUCUGUGUGUGGUUCCACAUUCCACACCACAGGGAUGUGGGAACUCUGCUGGGCAGACAAAACACAGAAUGCUAGGCUGCAUUUUACCCUACACCACCAUCUGGUGAUGGGCUUGUAGGAAGUGCCAAUGCACUCUGGGGUGGGAGAAUGUAGCUUAGGAUGGGGGCCCUCAGGUCAAGUGAGAAACAGCACAGGCUGAGGCCGAAGCCAGGGUUCCCUGACUUCCGGACAUCCAGAUGCUGGAAAUUAGAAGUCAGGAAGGAGAGGGCUGGAGAGCCUGUGAGGAUGAGCCUAGCUGGGGAAGGGGGGUCACUCCGACUUAGCUCAGGGCAGCUCUGUAAUGAAGGCUUCCUCCAUGUUCCCCACUGCAGUAGUUCUUUUUUUUUUUUUUCCUUUCUUUUUUUCGGAGCUGGGGACCGAACCCAGGGCCUUGCACUUGCUAGGCAAGCGCUCUACCACUGAGCUAAAUCCCCAACCCCUGCAGUAGUUCUUGAUGAGAGAGAACUAGCUUGUCCAUACUGUUUAUUCACUGUUCAUCAUGGGAAAAGGGUGUAUACAACUUCAGGGUAGACCAGCAAUUAAAUACCUACGUGAUCACUAGUCAUAUUCUUUAUGUAGGGGCCUGUGGUCACGUAUUUCAGGCCAGGAAUCUGGUCCAGAGUAGGGAAAGUCCUACCAUCCUCAGGUGUGUGCUGGGGUUUCUGAACCCACUCAACCUUAUCAAGUUUCCUGGCAUGGUCCACACCCCACAUUUGUGUAUGUUGUAUGUGUUGUGUGUGCGUGUCUAUGUGUGUUCUGUGUGUGUGUGUGUGUGUGUGUGUGUCUUGAGGAAGACUUUGAGCCCUGAUCCCUCUGCCUCCUGCUCUCUGGUCCUGGGUGACAAGUGUGUGCCACCACACCUGACCUAAGCACAGAUGGUAUUUUAUCCUUUCCGCCCAUCCUAUCAACACUAUCCAAUCCCCGAUAAUCUCUCCCAGCUGCUUCAAUCUGCUUCUGACCUAUCUCCUGGCUUUUAGCUACGUACUUAAUUAAGAAAGCCACCCUCCACACCGCUGACAGAGAUGUCAAAGCCAACGCAAGGCCACAGCUGAAUCACCUUCGGUGGCUCUUAACCCCACAAGGCGCUUGUCUGUCACCACAGCUCGGUAGAGAUCAUCAGCCUUGCUCCCUUUGCACUCCUAGCUCCCCAUCUAUGCUCAGCAGGACUUAACUGCUGGAAGCAUCCUAGAUCCUCCUCUGUGUCUCUGUGUUUACCCUGCAGCGGCUGGCCCUCCUCUGGUUCCACUACUUUUUGUCCGGAUUCAGCUCUGGACCAGAUUACCAUCUGCUGAGGGCAGGGGUCAUAUCUCACGUCAUUUCAAACCUGGAACCUAGAAUGUUGUCUGGCCUACGGGAGGUGCUCUAUCCAUGGUAGUGGGGAUGAAAUAAACCAAAUCAAACACCAACAAAAGAAAACUCCUGAGCUGUGUCAGAGCCUCUGGUCGCUAGUCUUACAAGGGAGAUCACACAGUGAUUGGCUCUUUUGAACAGAAAUAUAGUAACACGUGACAGGCAAGGACUCUUUCUCACGUACCGCUUUCCCGUUUGUGAAGACUCCCCCAGAGAGACGAGAUCCAAAGAGGGAAAUGAACACAGAUGUCCUGGCAACUGUAGUUAUAACAGUGAAAAACUGGAAGCAGUCCAAGUGUCUGACGGGGAAGUGACUGAGCAAACAAUGGGAUUAUUAUAUAGCUGUUAAAAAUGACAGAGGUGAGAACUGUCAGCACGGGGACUUAUGUGCUGGCAGGAAUGUUAAGUGGAAGAAAAGAACACAGACCGGCGUUUAAGGAUGUGUGUGCACAGUCAUGAGGAUCGUAAGCCAAUAUGGAAAAAAGUGGAAGUGACUGCAGUUCAGAGUGGUCUGUGUGGUUUAGAACCUGUAGGAUUCCGUCCAUUUACGACAGUAAGAGUCGAGAUCUCAUCUCCCAGCUACCUUACUCUGCAGAAGCUGAUUGUGGUGGCACACGUGUGUAACCCACGCACUUAGGUGGAGGCAGGAGGAUCAGGAUUUCAAGGUUAUCCUCUGCUACACAAACAGUGAGUUUGAAGCUGGCCUGAGUUGCAAAAAUGCAAAGCAAAAGUUGACCGUGGUGCCUCACAUCUUUAAGUCUCAGUGGAGGCAGAGGCAGGUAGAUCUCUGAGGCCAGACAGGGGCUACCCAGUGAGUCCUCAUCUCAGAAAACAACAAAACAAAAACAUCACAGUUUUCAGGUUCCGUGGUUAAGAGCAUGUACCGCUCUCACAGAGGACCCGGAUGUGGUCCUCAACAUCUCCCUAGGCAGCUCACAACAGCCUAUAUGUCCAGUUCCGGGGGGAUCUGACACCCUCUUCUGGAUUCUAAGGGUACUGUAUUCACAUGCACAACCACCCCCCCUUACACACACACACACACACACACACACACACAAACUCCAAAAAGAGACAAAGUGUCAACUUCUCAUUAACAUUGUUAUAAAAACAGUGAUACUUCUCCUCUUCCUCCUCCUCCUCAUCACCACCACCAAAUCUUUCUUACUAUGAAACAAGAAUGCUCUCAAAUUUGAUACUCUCCUGCCUCUGCCUCCCGAGGGCCCAACUACAGAUGUGUUCCAGCACUGUGUUUUGUGUGUGUGCCCAUGUGGGUCUGAGUGUCUUACUUAGGGUUUCUCUUGCACCAUGACCAAAAGCACCUUGUGGAGGAAGGAAUCUAUGUCAUCUUGAACUCUGCUAUCCAGGAACGUCAGGGCAGGAACCCAAGGCAGGAACGGAUGCAGUGGCCACAGAGGACCAAGGAUUACUGGUCUGACUUUCCCUACUUGCCAGUUGUCUUUCUUACUCACUCCAGGACCAGGCGCCUGCACAGGAACGACAUCUCCCAACGGUGUGGUGGGCCCCGCACAUUAAUAACUAAACAAGAAAAUGCCGCCACAGUUUGCCACACACCCCUGACCUGCUGUGCUAUUCAAAGUAAUGGAGCCAACAGGUCGUGAGCUGAGAUCUCAAAGCUACGGGGAAAAUAAACCCUGUUCUACACUCCCCACCGCACACACAUGCACACGGAGGGCAUGGAGAAGUGGACGGCCUGGGAGCCGCAGGGCGCCGAUGCGCUGCGGCGCUUUCAAGGGUUGCUGCUGGACCGCCGCGGCCGGCUGCACUGCCAAGUGUUGCGCCUGCGCGAAGUGGCCCGGAGGCUCGAGCGUCUACGGAGGCGCUCCUUGGCAGCCAACGUAGCUGGCAGCUCUCUGAGCGCUGCUGGCGCCCUAGCAGCCAUCGUGGGGUUAUCACUCAGCCCGGUCACCCUGGGAGCCUCGCUCGUGGCGUCCGCCGUGGGCUUAGGGGUGGCCACCGCCGGAGGGGCAGUCACCAUCACGUCCGACCUCUCUCUGAUCUUCUGCAAUUCCCGGGAGGUACGGAGGGUGCAAGAGAUCGCCGCCACCUGCCAGGACCAGAUGCGCGAACUCCUGAGCUGCCUUGAGUUCUUCUGUCAGUGGCAGGGGCGCGGGGACCGCCAGCUGCUGCAGAGCGGGAGGGACGCCUCCAUGGCUCUUUACAACUCUGUCUACUUCAUCGUCUUCUUCGGCUCGCGUGGCUUCCUCAUCCCCAGGCGUGCGGAGGGGGCCACCAAAGUCAGCCAGGCCGUGCUGAAGGCCAAGAUUCAGAAACUGUCUGAGAGCCUGGAGUCCUGCACUGGUGCCCUGGAUGAACUUAGUGAGCAGCUGGAAUCCCGGGUCCAGCUCUGUACCAAGGCCGGCCGUGGUCACAACCUCAGGAACUCCCCUGAUCUGGAUGCAGCGUUGUUUUUCUAAGAGCAUCCUCUAGCUGUGUGGAAUGUUCUAGAUUCGCAGCAUCCACAAGGAAGUGCUACAUGGGCGGAGUGCAAAGGAUUUCAGAAGCUCUUCUUGCAGGGCAUCAGUCCGUAGCUCCUUGUGUGUGCGAAAGACUUUUCACUUGUGUAAUCCCAACUGAGUAUGUGACCCUAAACAGUCACUUUGGGGACUCCCCAAAUCCUUUUUAGCUGCACACAGCUUGUCAGACUGUCCUUCAAUUAGAGUUAUUGGGGUGGGGGGGCUUGAUGGCUUGAGUAAUAGAGGUCUGGCGAGGUGUCUCCCUCUUGGACCUCUUAUGUGUUGUUACUAGAAUCCUGAGAUUCUCAAAUGUUGGUGAGAGGAGACUUUUACUUUUCAACUUUGCUUCGGCAGUUUCCGAUACACAGGACUCCAGAAUCCAGAACAAGAAAGAAGAACCUUGUGUUUGUAGGGUGUGCAGACCCAGACGGGGCCGAGGAGCUGACUUGCUCAGCUCUCACACGCAGCCAGUUUAUCCACUCACAGACCAAACCUGGCUACUGCAUAGACUGUUCCAGUGUGGCUUCAAAUCCACACCUCUAGGUACCCUGAGAAGGAAAGCCACCUGAAGAGUCACUCUAAUCCCAACACGCUCACCCCCUUCACGUCCAUAAAGGAGCUGGGCAAGGGGUGAGAUGAAGACCCUGACAAUUUUAAAUGACUGUAGCAUAGAGAGCCAUGGCCUUUGAGUUUAAGAGUCUUGAUCCCAGGUUCUGUCCCCCACUGUCCUGUGACUUAGCCACCUUGUCUUGCUACAGAUGGUGGUAGGAGGCCACCCUGUUGCGAAGUCCUGAGAUAAUGACAAACACAGAGGCUAGCUCACAAAAAUGUACUUCCUGGCCUGGCUUCUGAAGGGUUAACUGUUGGGCUCCAUCCCAGAUUUCUGAGAUCAGGAACUCCAAAUAUGAGGCCCGCCUCUGGCUGAUUCUGAUGCCCCAUAAAUGUUUGAAAAUGACACAGCAAAGGUUCAUCUCCAGCCAGGUGUGGUGGGACACACCUGUAAGGCCAGCGCUUGGAGAUGGAGACAGGGGGACCAGUAGUUCAGGGUCAUUCUUGGCUACAUAGCAAACUCAAGGCCACCCUGGUCUCAAAAACCAAAACAAAAAGCCAUCUUCUGACUCCCUUCAAUUGUUCAAAGCCUUUCCAGGGCCUUCAGAAUCACGCUCAGAGUGUUCUGGGAAGAUUAGCCCAGAAGCCAGAGAAAGAGUACGCUGUGUGCUUGUAAAGCCAGUUACUCUGUCCCCUGUGAACUAGGAGACAGAGCACUUCCGACCCUAUAGAGGGCAGUAGUGGCCAUUCCUUGUAGGGGACUGGUAUAGAAGUAAUGUGAACUAUUUAAAAAUAGUUAUUUAAUUGCUGCCUUCACAUUUGAUUUUAUUUAACCUUCACAUUAUUUAGAAAAUAAUAAGAGUAGUAAGUGUCUGAAUAGGAAGGGAGUCUCUUAAGGCUCUUUCCAAGAGCUCAGGUUUGGAUUUCUAGAGUCCCCCCGACCCCAGAGAGGACUCUUUAGUGUUUGACACGGUCUUUGUAAGUAAGAUGGGGAGUCCUGGAGAGAGAGACCAAGCUGAUUUUUAAACUAGGAAAUGGAGUCUUGAACUGUGGAAGAUUUGAAAAGUUAAGCCUAUGUGUCUUGAAGGUACUUGGCCAGAAAAGCACUUGGCUUGAAAAAGAAAACCUGUUUAAUUCAGGGGUGGAGGAAUAGAGACAGAUGAAGAAAGCAUUUAGACCUCGGAAACCUGAUGUCCUAUGAAAUUCUGUUUUUAUAAAAUUGUGUUAUGGUGGAGAUCUGUUGCAUUUCGACUUUGUGGCUGUAAGAAACCUGUUAUCUAUGUUUAAGAAAGUACUUCUAAUUUAUUCAAUGUCUUCCUAAAUUAUCCUUUAAAAAAAAAAGUUGGAAAGUCUAUGAGACCGUACCUAAGAAACCUUGACUGUGUAUUUAAGUUAUUUAAUGCCAUGCAUUUGUGAAGCCCCUUCCCAGUGAUGGCUGUGGUGUGUCUGAGGAAAUGUAAGUUUGGCAUGAGGGGGAGGGGCUGCUGUUUCUAUAUUUGUUUUUGUUUUCUAUAAACAGUAAUCAGGAUGUAUCCUGGUUUCAUUUGACAUUGA